UACCGUUAUUUUAUAUUUCCGAGAUGUAGUCUAUAGAAAUUGCCGUAAAGGCAGCGUUUGUCGUUCCAUAAACAGUUAACAGAAAGGCCUCAAGAUUGCGAAUAUAAUCCCUAUUAUGAUGUUGGGGCGGAAGCAGAGCCUCAAAGGGGAACCCGUUCUGGCCGAUUACGGCCCGGAGGAGUCCCUCAAUGAGAGCGCUGACAUAGAAUGGGUGAAUAAGCUAUGGGUGAGGAGACUGAUGCGCUUCUGCGCUUUGGUCUCGCUGGCUUCUGUUUGCUUGAACACCCCGAAGACCUUCGACAAGAUACCGUCCCUGCAAUACGUCACUUUCAUUUGCGAUCUGUUAGUCACGUUUCUGUUCACCGCCGAGAUGAUCGCCAAAAUGUACAUACGUGGAAUACUAAAGGUGGAACUUCUAAUGGCGUUGCAGAGGGAUAAGUCUUACUUGAAGGACCACUGGUGCCAAUUCGACGCGAGCAUGGUGAUCUUCCUCUGGCUGUCUGUGAUCCUGCAAAUGUUCGAGAUGCUGGGUUUCCUCGUCAAGUUCAGUUAUGCCUCGAUUAUGCGAGCACCACGGCCGCUCAUCAUGAUACGCUUCCUACGGGUCUUCCUCAAGUUCUCAAUGCCCAAGAAUAGAAUCAACCAGAUUUUUAAACGUUCGAGCCAGCAGAUCUACAACGUGACGCUCUUCUUCCUAUUCUUCAUGUCCCUCUACGGCUUCCUGGGGGUGCAAUUUUUUGGCGAGCUGAAGAAUCAUUGCGUACUGAACACCACCGAUCGGCACUACAUCACGAUCAACAGUCUGGCCAUUCCCGACACAUUCUGCUCCACCGACCCGGAAUCCGGAUACCAAUGUCCCGAAGGGAUGAUCUGCAUGAAGCUGGAGUUAACCAAGUAUAUCAUAGGCUUCAAUGGAUUUGACGAGUUUGCCACCAGUAUAUUCACCGUGUAUCAAGCAGCCUCUCAAGAAGGUUGGGUCUUCAUCAUGUAUCGAGCGAUAGAUAGUCUGCCAGCAUGGCGCGCGGUUCUUUACUUCAGUACGAUGAUAUUCUUUCUGGCCUGGUUAGUGAAGAACGUCUUCAUCGCCGUCAUCACGGAGACCUUCAACGAAAUCCGAGUACAGUUCCAGCAAAUGUGGGGCGUCAGGGGCCAAAUCAGCAACAGCUCAGCGUCGCAAAUAUUGACCGGAGACGAUAACAGUUGGAAGCUGGUGACUUUGGACGAGAAUAAGCACGGCGGCUUAGCCUCGCCAUACUGUCACGCUAUCCUCAGGUCACCGCACUUUCGCAUGGUGGUGAUGUGUGCGAUAUUGGCGAACGGCAUCACCACUGCGACUAUGAGCUUCAAGCACGACGAGCAGCCGAGGCACACGUACUACGAUAACUAUUACUAUGCCGAGAUCGCCUUCACGAUAUUCCUCGACCUGGAAACUCUCUUCAAGAUCUGGUGCCUGGGCUUCCGGAGUUACUUUAAGCAUUCGAUUCACAAGUUUGAGCUGCUGCUUGCCGUCGGCACGACUAUACACAUUCUUCCGUUCUGCUAUCUCUCUGGAUUCACUUACUUUCAGGUUCUUCGAGUAGUUCGGCUUAUCAAGGCGUCCCCGAUGCUGGAGGACUUCGUGUACAAGAUUUUCGGUCCUGGAAAGAAGCUCGGCAGCCUCAUUAUUUUUACUAUGUGCCUGCUGGUGAUAUCGUCCAGCAUCUCUAUGCAGCUCUUCUGCUUCCUCUGCGACUUCACCAAGUUUGAGACCUUUCCCGAGGCGUUCAUGUCGAUGUUCCAAAUCCUCACGCAAGAAGCUUGGGUGGACGUCAUGGACGAGACUAUGCUCCGAACUCACGAGACGAUGGCACCUUUCGUCGCAGUGUACUUUAUCCUAUAUCAUCUCUUCGUCACACUGAUCGUAUUGAGCCUCUUUGUCGCCGUGAUCUUGGACAAUCUCGAGCUGGACGAGGACAUUAAAAAGCUGAAGCAACUCAAGUUCCGCGAACAAAGCGCCGAAAUCAAGGAAAGCUUGCCGUUCAGACUGAGGAUCUUCGAGAAGUUCCCAGAUAGCCCGCAAAUGACGUGUCUUCAUAAAGUGCCAUCUGACUUCAAUUUGCCAAAGGUGCGCGAGAGUUUUAUGCGACAAUUCGUGCUUGAAGUGGAGGACGAGGAGAACGAAGGCGCUAAGAGGACUAACGAAACCUUCGAUUCGAAAAUGUUGUACAGGAAACAACGGCCUGUGAAGAUCCUGAACAAUCCGCCGAAAGUGAGAAGCGUCGUGACGAAUCUGAAAAAAGCGGCUGUCAUCUACAUAAUAAACGAUUCCAACAAUCAGAGGCUUUUGUUGGGAGAUUCCGCUAUGAUUCCGGUGCCGGGGAAAGGAUUGUUGAAACCGCAAGGCACCGUCAGUAGCGCCAAGCAACUUCGCAUAGAUCAGAAAAAAUCAAUCAGGAGGAGUGUCCGAAGUGGAUCAAUCAAGCUUAAACAGACGUACGAGCAUCUUAUGGAAAACGGUGACAUAGGCGGAAUAAAUAGAGUCAGUUCCGCGCGCAGCAGGCCGCACGAUUUGGACAUCAAGCUGCUGCAGGCUAAGAGACAACAGGCGGAGAUGCGAAGAAACCAACGUGAGGACGAUUUGCGUGAGAACCAUCCGUUCUUCGACACGCCGUUGUUCGUGGUACCGCGCGAGAGUAAAUUCCGCAAGAUUUGCCAGCUGCUCGUUUAUGCGAGAUACGACGCAAGAUUAAAGGACCCUUUAACGGGCAAGGAGAGGAAGGUGCAGUAUAAGAGUCUGCACAAUUUCCUCGGCUUGGUGACUUACCUCGAUUGGGUGAUGAUAUGCGCCACGACAUUGUCGUGCAUCUCGAUGAUGUUCGAGACGCCGCGGUACCGCGUGAUGGAAGUGCCGGCGCUGCAGAUCGCGGAGUACGGCUUCGUUAUCUUCAUGAGCAUUGAGCUGGCUCUUAAGAUCUUGGCGGACGGCUUGUUUUUCACACCCAAGGCUUACAUCAAGGACGUAGCUUCGGUGUUGGACGUUUUCAUCUACAUUGUAAGUCUCGUGUUCUUAUGCUGGAUGCCGAAGAGCGUGCCGCCAAAUUCCGGUGCUCAGCUGCUGAUGAUACUACGAUGCGUUCGGCCGUUAAGAAUUUUUACUCUCGUGCCGCACAUGAGAAAAGUCGUUUACGAACUUUGCAGAGGAUUCAAGGAGAUCUUGCUGGUAUCGACGUUAUUGAUUCUAUUGAUGUUCGUGUUUGCGAGUUACGGCGUACAGCUGUAUGGCGGCCGACUGGCGAGAUGCAACGAUCCGACGAUCUUGAAGCGUGAAGAUUGCGUCGGUGUAUUCAUGAGGAGGGUAUUCGUGACGAAAAUGAAGCUGCGUCCGGGCAAGGACGAGAGUUAUCCGUCCAUAUUGGUGCCGCGCGUGUGGGCUAAUCCUAAAAGAUUCAACUUCGAUAACAUCGGCGACGCGAUGAUGGCUCUAUUCGAAGUGCUUUCUUUCAAAGGCUGGCUCGACGUGCGGGACGUUCUUAUUAAAGCUCUUGGUCCUGUUCAUGCGAUUUACAUACACAUUUAUAUUUUCCUGGGUUGUAUGAUCGGCCUGACCCUGUUCGUGGGUGUCGUGAUCGCGAAUUACUCUGAGAACAAGGGCACCGCUCUGCUCACGGUCGAUCAGAGACGAUGGUGUGACUUGAAGAAACGCUUGAAGAUCGCACAGCCGCUGCAUUUACCACCGAGACCGGACGGCAAGAAGUUCCGGGCCUUUAUCUAUGAUAUCACGCAGAACAUUUACUUCAAACGAUUCAUCGCCGUCAUGGUCAUUACGAACAGCGCUCUGCUGUGCGUCUCUUGGAGAAUCGAGGAGUCGCAUACAGAGCCGUUGGCGACUUUAUCCAUGAUCCUGACACUGGUCUUUCUUGUGGAAGUAAUCAUGAAGAACAUUGCUUUCACACCACGUGGCUAUUGGCAGUCCAGAAGAAACAGAUACGACUUGCUAGUAACGGUCGUGGGCGUGAUUUGGAUUGUCGUACACUGCACGAUGAAGAACGAUCUCUCCUACGUGAUCGGAUUUAUGGUUGUGAUACUCAGGUUCUUCACCAUCACCGGCAAGCACACCACACUCAAGAUGCUGAUGCUCACGGUCGGCGUGUCUGUUUGCAAGAGCUUCUUCAUCAUAUUCGGCAUGUUCUUGCUUGUGUUCUUUUACGCGUUAGCCGGCACCAUUAUCUUCGGCACUGUCAAGUACGGGGAAGGCAUAGGAAGACGCGCUAAUUUCGAGUCACCGGUUACCGGCGUGGCGAUGCUCUUCCGCAUAGUAACAGGGGAGGAUUGGAACAAGAUCAUGCACGACUGCAUGAUACAGCCGCCUAAUUGCACGCCGGCGGACAAUUACUGGGAAACGGACUGCGGCAAUUUUCACGCUUCUCUCAUCUACUUCUGUACAUUCUACGUCAUCAUCACUUACAUCGUCUUGAAUCUUUUAGUGGCCAUCAUUAUGGAGAACUUCUCUCUAUUCUAUUCGAACGAAGAGGACGCGUUACUGUCGUACGCUGACAUAAGGAACUUUCAGAACACGUGGAAUGUGGUCGAUGACCAUCAGAAAGGCGUUAUACCGGUGAAGAAGGUGAAGUAUAUCCUGCGGUUGUUGAAGGGCAGAUUGGAGACCGAUCCGCAGAAGGAUCGCCUGCUCUUCAAGUAUAUGUGCUACGAGCUCGAACGGCUGCAUAACGGCGAAGACGUUACCUUCCACGAUGUGAUUAAUAUGCUGUCGUACCGUUCGGUGGACAUCAGGAAGGCGCUCCAAUUGGAGGAAUUACUAGCACGGGAGGAGUUCGAGUACAUAAUCGAAGAGGAAGUAGCCAAGCAAACCAUCAGAACGUGGUUGCAGGGCUGUCUGAAGAAGAUAAGAGCAAAGCAACAGAAUAGCCUCAUCGCCGGACUUCGCGCUACGAAUAACGCGCUCGCGCCGCCUCAGGAUCACAUCGAGGAAAAAGGCAAGGAAGUCAGCGUCGAUCGCGAAGAGGAGAUCGAAACGAAGGAUGUCGAAGUACCGAAGCACAGAGUGAAGAAGCCAGUGGUGCUCCCACGGUCGGACAGCAUAGGGAGCGCGUCAGGAAGGAAGUAUCUGGCUCCAACUUUGUCGGAUCCCGCGUCCGUACGAACCGAGAAGGAUAAAAUCGCUGUGGCGAAGAAGAGGAACAGCAGACCGCCAUCAAUGGUGAAAAACAACUUGCCGCACCUAACGGAAAACACGGAACAAAGCAGACAGCAGAGGGAGACGUUGAACAGCAAAGCACCCGCUCCUAAAGUUUCCAGCGUCAUGUUGGAGGUGCGAGAAUGGUGGAAGGAGCAACUGGCUUACAGCAGCGAAUCCAGCGAGGAUGAAGUCUAGGAAGUCCACUUCCUAAUCACUGAUGGGAAACUACCAAGCUGUACGAUCUUGAUUGCGCGACAAAUGGCGUGAUUUUUCGCAUAUAUAGAUCGUAAGAAACAAAUUUUCAGCCUAAAGAUCCUUGCGCUCAGUAGGGAGAAAGAAAACAGAUGGAAGGGAGGAACGUAGUAUAUGUGCCUAAUAAUUUGUAAUCGUUUACCCAACGUCUAACGAGGAACUUUAACGCGCCGAGCUUCGUCCUUUUUUUCAAGUGCUGACAGUUGCAUGUUAAUAUUAAGUUCAUACGAAAGUUUAUCCCAUUUCCUAAUUAGCUCUUUGCUUAGAAAUCCCAGAAUUUCUACAAACCUGGAUUUGUUUUGCAACUGCUGAAAAAAUGACAGGUCAUCGAACAAAAGACAGCGCAUCAUUGAUUGUGUUUUAAGGAGAUUGUGAGGCUCAGUGUCGUAUCUUCAGUGAUACAUCAAAGGAACAAUUUUUUAAAUUAAAAAAAUAUAGUACCUAUCAAGCAAAAUUAUUUCCAUAUAUUUAUUUUGCUAUCUAAAUGACGAGUGUUAAUUUUAAACGAAGUCGAGAUAAAUAUAUAUACACAAAAUUACAGAUUACAAAAAUAUAAUCUUUUAUUCUUCUUAAUAGUGCUAUGCAGU